AUGGCUGCAGUUUCUCGCCCAUCUGUCCAGGCAGAUGAUGAAUGGUCACCUCUCCAGUCCGUGAUCGUAGGCCGGGCCGGGAACGCAUGUUUCCCAAGUGCCCCUGCGGCGAUGAUUGAGGCGACCAUGCCCUCUGAACACGUCCAUCGCUUCAAGCCCCAAUCGCCAUUUGAUAGGAUGUUAAUCGCCAAAGCUGAGGUAGAACUCGACUUCCUGGCAACAAUACUGCAGUCCGAGGGCGUCCAGGUCUACCGACCGCCUAUCGGGAUCGACUGGCACGACGCUAAUGGCUACACCGGCGCCAUGCCCCGCGAUGGGCUUAUGAGCGUGAAAAACACUUUGAUAGAAGCCUGUUUUGCCUGGCCAUGCCGCGAUCGCGAAAUCGAAAUCGCUUACGAACCCGUUCUCGUGGAGCUAGCUAAAGAUAGCCGUGUGAAAAUCGUGCGUCGCCCCCCAUAUGCCUUUGCCAAUACCCUGCUCGACCCCGGGCAUGCCUCCAGCCCCUCCCCUUGGGUGAUCAACAACACUCGUCCUGCCUUUGACACGGCCGACUUUAUGCGCUUUGGCACCACCAUCCUAGGCCAGCUCAGCCACGUCACAAACCAGGCGGGCGUCGAUUACAUCCAGAGUCACCUGCCCGCGGGGUACCAGAUUGAGCUAAUCACUCCCAACGAUCCUCACGCCAUGCAUAUCGAUGCCACUAUUCUACCUCUACGCGACGGCCUUCUCGUCUACCACCCCGAGAAGGUCACCGAGGCUAGUCUGCGCAAACACGCGGUGCUCGCGAACUGGGACCUACGCCCCUAUCCCUUUGUACCAGCGGCGCCUACCGACCCUCCGUUGUAUAUGACGAGCCCGUGGCUGUCCCUUAAUGCGCUAGUGCUGGAUGGAGAGCGUGUGGUGGUUGAGGCGAUCACUGGGGAUGAAGUGCAUUCCGUGUCCGUUCAAGCACGUGAAUAG